UCUCGCGCCGACAGUGAGCGCCCGCUUCGACGCGCGAGUACGUCGAACGACUCCCGCGCACCCUACGCCGUCGCCGCGGUGACGAAUUCUUCAUUACUAAAAUAGUGACGUGGUAGAGCCAGCAGCAUGGUGGCGGGUGACGUGACGAGGCGCGCGUCGCUCACGGCGCCGUCUAUGCACCGCCGGCCCUCGGUGCGCCGCGGCUCACUCAUCAAAGGCUCUCAGUCUCAAUCCCAGGAGGUGCCGUGGGACAUCAUCGACCGGUGCGCGCUGCCGAUCGUGCUGUGCCACGCGUUGGCCGUGGUGCUCUCAACCGUGCUCAAUGCUCUGCAUCUGAGCAGCAUCUCUGUGUUCACGUUAUUCCUCUGGUUCGCCAUCUCCGUCACUGGCUCACUCUGGUUCUACCACAACCUGCAGGUGACAGCAGCCGGUAAAGCGGUGUUGGUGACAGGCUGCGACAACGUCCUAGGCAACGCCGUGGCGAGAAGACUGGACGACCUGGGCUACCACGUGUUCGCCGGCUUCCAGAGCAAGGCUGGGAAUAUCGACGCGGACAUGCUGAAGGAAGACUGCUCCGGGCGGCUGCAUACUCUGCAGUUAGACAUCACUUCUGAGACCCAGAUCCUGUCUGCGUCGCUGUACAUCGUGGACCACCUACCAGAGGGCGCGCAGGGCCUGUGGGCGAUCGUGAACUGCGAGUCGUGGUGCGCGCUUGGCGAGCUCGAGUGGGUGCCGUUCUCGGUCAUCCGGCGCGCGAUGGAGGUGAAUCUGUUAGGUCCGUCCCGGCUGGUGCAGGUGAUGCUUCCGCUGGUGCGGCGCGCGCGCGGGCGCGUGGUGCUGGCGUCGUCGAUCCUCACGCACGUGGCGGCGCCGGUGCGCGGCGUGCACGCCGCCUCGCUCGCCGCGCUCGACGCGCUGGCCGCCUGCCUCCGCCGCGAGCUCAAGCCGCGCGGAGUGGACGUAGUAGUUGUGGCUGCUGGGGAAUAUACGACGGGUAGUGCCUGGUUGUCAGAGGAGAAAUUGCUGGAGCAGGCCAGGGACAUGUGGAAGCGGCUCAGCGACGAGCAGAAGGGUGCCUACGGCGAGGACUACUUCGAGAACGCGCUCCGCAGCCUGGAGAAAUACACCAAGAGCGCUGAUGCUGACUUGACGGCGGUGACCCGCGCCCUAAGCGACGGCGUGACGCGCACCUUCCCGCUGGCCCGCUACACGCCCGUGUCCCCGCGCGAGAAGCUCAAGUCCAUCCUGGCCGAGCACCUCCCGCGCUCCCUCUACGAAGGGCUCUACACCGACUAAGCUAGAUCACUGCUCUCCACCUGGCUCGCAUUUCGCUUUCCGAUAUUUUUCUUACCAUCCUAUUCAUUAUUCAUUACAGGUAUCUGAAUACAAGAUAUACUUAUUUAUGUAACGCUGCCGCCACUUUUAGCAAAGUGUGCAAAGUGACCAUUUACAACUACAUACGUAAGGUCUAAGUAUAAGCAUGUUGCUACUAUAUUACUACAUAGCAUAUUUCACAACUGUAGGUACCUAUAUAAACAACUGUGAACAUUGGUUGACCUUUCGGUACGUUUUAUUCAAGAGACCGAUACAAGCUCAAACCGUCUCUAUUGUAUUCUGAUAUCUAUAUAAUGCCAUUAUCUUCGAACGAGCGAAAUUAUAAAAUGUCCCUGAAAUUUCCUUUGUAAACAAAAUUCAUAGCCCAAAAUUAUGGCGCCGUUGUGUCUACACAAAAUGCAAAUAACCGAAUACGGAAAUUAAUAUGAAAUCCAUCAGCCCUGAUAAUAAGUUAGGUGAAGUUGGUCGUGCCAAAAUGAGGCCAUAUAAAGCUCGACUCGGGCUUGCAUAAGCUAGAAAGUUGGAGCAACUUCGUUGGUCAUUUAACCAGCAUCUACUAUCCACUUAAACACGUUCGCGGAACUCCAACACGAAUUGAAACGAGUUUUCUAUUAAACUCGAAAUUUCCGUUUAAAUACAGCUAAGUAAAUUUCACUUUUUCUUACUUGUAAAAGUGAAAAUGUAAAUUAGUGUAUUUCCGAUUAAGUCGAGUUAUGUUCGAUAGAAUCAUUUAGCUAAAUACUUGAUCAGGUGCACAGUCUAAUAUUUUUUCGUAAAUCAUUUGAAUAAAAGACCCUCGU